CUCCUCUCUCUCUCUCUCUCAGGCACCACAUCUGAUUGGAUGGUUUAGUCAGAAUGACAGCCGAAGAUCCCGCCUCCUCCUCUUCAGCCAUGAGUAAUAACCCCGCCAAUUCCGGUUCCAACCCCCCAGGCCCCUCCCAUCACUCCCCCAACGGACCAAUCACAGUGCCCGAGGGUGUGGCCGGGGCCCCCAACGAGGCGGCCCUGGUGUCUCUGAUGGAGCGUACGGGGUACAGCAUGGUGCAGGAGAACGGCCAGAGGAAAUACGGCCCCCCGCCGGGCUGGGAUUCUGCCUCCCCGCCGCGCGGCUGUGAGAUCUUCGUGGGUAAGAUCCCCCGGGACGUCUAUGAGGACGAGCUGGUUCCGGUGUUCGAGUCAGUGGGUCAGAUCUACGAGAUGCGUCUGAUGAUGGACUUCGACGGGAAGAACCGCGGCUACGCCUUCGUCAUGUACACGCAGAAACACCAGGCCAAGCGCGCCGUGCGGGAGCUCAACAACUACGAGGUGCGCCCCGGCCGCCUCCUGGGGGUCUGCUGCUCUGUGGACAACUGUCGCCUCUUCAUCGGGGGCAUCCCCAAAACCAAGAAGAGAGAGGAGAUCCUGGAGGAGGUCUCCAAGGUGACGGAGGGCGUUCUAGAUGUUAUAGUGUACGCCAGCGCAGCAGACAAGAUGAAGAACCGAGGCUUUGCCUUCGUGGAGUACGAGAGUCACCGCGCUGCGGCCAUGGCCCGCAGGAAGCUGAUGCCCGGCAGGAUCCAGCUGUGGGGGCACCAGAUCGCCGUGGACUGGGCGGAGCCAGAGAUAGACGUGGACGAGGACGUCAUGGAGACUGUGAAGAUUCUAUACGUCAGGAACCUGAUGAUGGAGACCAGCGAGGAGACACUACGACAGGUUGGAUUGAUUGGUUGAUUUACUGAUUGGUUGAUUUAUUGGUUGAUUGACUGUUUGAUUUAUUGGCUGAUUGAUUGAUUGACUGAUUGAUUGAUUGACUGAUUGGUUGGUUGAUUUAUUGAUUAGUUUAUUUAUUGUUGAUUGUUGAUUGAUUGAUUGUAUUAACAUGUCUCUGUGUUCUAGGUGUUUGGCCAGUGGAACCCAGGCUGUAUUAACAUGUCUCUGUGUUCUAGGUGUUUGGCCAGUGGAACCCAGGGCUGUAUUAACAUGUCUCUGUGUUCUAGGUGUUUGGCCAGUGGAACCCAGGCUGUAUUAACAUGUCUCUGUGUUCUAGGUGUUUGGCCAGUGGAACCCAGGGCUGUAUUAACAUGUCUCUGUGUUCUAGGUGUUUGGCCAGUGGAACCCAGGCUGUAUUAACAUGUCUCUGUGUUCUAGGUGUUUGGCCAGUGGAACCAGGGCUGUAUUAAUAUGUCUCUGUGUUCUAGGUGUUUGGCCAGUGGAACCCAGGGCUGUAUUAACAUGUCUCUGUGUUCUAGGUGUUUGGCCAGUGGAACCAGGGCUGUAUUAACAUGUCUCUGUGUUCUAGGUGUUUGGCCAGUGGAACCCAGGCUGUAUUAACAUGUCUCUGUGUUCUAGGUGUUUGGCCAGUGGAACCCAGGGCUGUAUUAACAUGUCUCUGUGUUCUAGGUGUUUGGCCAGUGGAACCCAGGCUGUAUUAACAUGUCUCUGUGAUCUAGGUGUUUGGCCAGUGGAACCCAGGGCUGUAUUAACAUGUCUCUGUGUUCUAGGUGUUUGGCCAGUGGAACCAGGGCUGUAUUAACAUGUCUCUGUGUUCUAGGUGUUUGGCCAGUGGAACCCAGGGCUGUAUUAACAUGUCUCUGUGUUCUAGGUGUUUGGCCAGUGGAACCCAGGGCUGUAUUAACAUGUCUCUGUGUUCUAGGUGUUUGGCCAGUGGAACCCAGGGCUGUAUUAACAUGUCUCUGUGUUCUAGGUGUUUGGCCAGUGGAACCAGGGCUGCGUGGAACGUGUCAAGAAGAUCCGCGACUACGCCUUCGUCCACUUCUCAUCCCGUGACGAUGCGGUGGUUGCCAUGGACCACCUGAACGGGACGGAGGUGGAGGGGUCCUGCAUCGAGGUGACCCUGGCUAAGCCUGUUGACAAAGAGCAGUACACGCGCUACCAGAAGGCGUCUAAAGGGGGCGCUACGGCAGCCGUGGCGGCUCCAGAACCAGCCCAGCAGAACUACGUGUACCAGUGCGACCCCUACACCCUCACCUACUAUGGGUACCCCUACAGCACGCUCAUCGGACCCAACAGGGACUACUUCAUCAAAGGUUAGAAGCCUUUCCUUCUGCUCCUCUCUGUGUAUAUAUAUAAAUGCAGCCUGUUUCUGCUUCUUUGUUGUCAUGAUCCCACUGUUAUGAAUGGGCUCAUUAUUACCAUGGCAACAUUAGUAUGACAAGGACAAAGCAUUUGAUUUGAUUGAACCGAUCUGUAGAUAGAUGGUGUGCUGUUUGUAAACGUAACCAAUACUGAAUACUGAAUCCACCUCAUCAGUACACGUGAUUAGUAGAUGAUCAUGAUGAAUACGGUGAUGACAUUUGAUGAAUCAGAUGAAUAGGAGAAAUGGGUGUGUUCUAAAUGAUUAUUGAUCUCUCGCCCAUGAAGAGUGGUCUGGUUCUAAAUCACUGAUCUACUUUUUGAAAACCUGCCGGCUUCUAAAUAGAGCAGCACGUAUACUGUUGGAGUGGUAAAGGGACGCUCCGCAAUAUGACAUCACAGGAUACAGCGGGGUGACUUCCUGCUUAGGGACUACAAGAACAACAAUAUUCCAAGAUGGCCACCGUUGGGUCUUCCUAGUUUCUUUCCUCCUUUGAGGCAUAUAGGAGUACCACAGUAUGAGUCAUAAUACCCAUGAAAACCUAGCGUGUCAAACAAGGAAAUGGUUUCAAUCAUUUUCCCAUCAUUCAUUUUUCCAAUAGGGGAUUUUAGAAACACUUAAAAUAAGGGUUGUGUUUCGUGUAGGCUUACCCUGGCGUGACGUUUUGAUAACCGUGUAAAUCUCUCUAGGACAAGGUGACUUUUAUCAAUGUAUUCGCCUGUAUUUACCCACCAAAAAUGAAAUGCUAAUUAGCUGCUAAUGUGGCUAUCAUAAAGAACUACAAAUGCCAUGAUGAUCUGGACGAGACUGCCGAAUCAAGGCAAAGGUAAGAAUCUCUGGAUUAACUAUCUAAUGUUAGCUAAAUUUAGUAAUUAAUAAAUUGUUAGCAUUUCUUUACAUGGACAUUAAUGAGAACUGUCUGUCUUGUGCAAGUUUUAAAUUGACACAAUACCUGUUAGCUUAAAGCUAACCCUAGCCCUAACCUGUUAGCAAAGGUGUCAGCUAGAGAUGACGUGCAGGAGCUGGCAGGGAUUUGUAGUCUUUAAUGAUGUUGACUUUGAUGCUAAUUAGCAUUUUAGAAUCUGAGAGUAAAUAGAGCUGAAUAUAUUGAUAAAAGUCACCUUGUCCGUGAGAGAUUUACAUGGUUAUCAAAACGUCACGCCAGGGUAAGCCUACACGAAACACAGCCCUUAUUUUAAGUGUUUCUAAAAAUCCCCUAUGGGAAAAACGAUUGGAACCAUUUCCCCUGUUUGACCUCUAGGUUUUAUGGGUAUUAUGACACCUCCACUGUGGGACUCUAUACCUGCAUCAAGAGGAUGCCCCCUAGUGGCUGUCUGGAGUAUUGGCAGAUUAGAAUUCCGCUGUCCUUGACGUCUGCAAGCAGGAAGUACCUCUGUGGACGCCAUGUUGCAGAGUGUCCGUUUGAGUGCUGAGCCCCAUCCCACUGUGAUGAGUGAUGCUGGAAGGUGUCUGGGUGGCAGCUCAACUAAUCUGUGUCCCUAAAUAGCACCCUAUUCCCUCUGUAGGGCACUACUAUGGGCCCUAACCCUAUAGGGCCCUGGUCUAAAGUAGUGCACUACAUAGGGAAUAGGGUGCUAUUAGGGACGACCCCCCCUAAUCCGUCCAGACGUUGACUGUGAUCACUGUGUUCUGGUUUUUCUCUCCAAAGGAGGCCCAAUGAUACAGACCAAUGGUAAUCUAUUCCAUCCUUAUUGGCUACUCCUUAACACUCCCUAUCCAAUGAAACAUCAACUCCUUGGUCAUGUGACUAACUCUCUCUGGUUUCUAUAACAACUUCCUCUCCUACUGUUCCGUCACCUUUUAGUUCGCUGGGUAGACAGACAAACUGUCAGACCCACGAUGUGUCCCACACUCCUUCAGGACUCCAGUUACCAGAUACUAGAUGUCCUUCCAGUGUUGGAACAAAACACAAACUAAUGACUAGAUAAACAUUAACAACGUAUAUAUUUUGCACCUUCUGACAAACAGCGUAAAAUGCUGCCCCAUAGCAACCCCCAUGAUGUUGCUAACGACGGCUUCACACAUUCACCCAAAAGUCUAAACUGGAUCGAUUGAAGUUGACGUUUAAAAUGGUUAAAGUAAGGGUUAAGGUUAGGUGAGGGUUAAGGUUAAGGUUAGGUGAGGGUUAAGGUUUGACUCCUGAGUGGCGCAGUGGUCUAAGGCACUGCAUCGCAGUGCUAACUGUGCCACUAGAGAUCCUGGUUCGAAUCCAGGCUCUGUCGCAGCCGGCCACGACCGGGAGACCCAUGGGGCGGCGCACAAUUGGCCCAGAGUCGUCCAGGGUAGGGGAGGGAAUGGCCGGCAGGGAUGUAGCUCAGUUGAUAGAGCAUGGCGUUUGUAACGCCAGGGUUGUGGGUUCGAUUCCCACGGGGGGCCAGUAUAAAAAGAUAUGUAUUCACUAACUGUAAGUCGCUCUGGAUAAGAGCGUCUGCUAAAUGACUAAAAUGUAAAAAAAUGUUAGGUGAGGGUUAAGGUUAGGUGAGGGUUAAGGUUAGGUGAGGGUUAAGGUUAGGUGAGGGUUAAGGUUAGGUGAGGGGUAAGGUGGGUGAGGGGUAAGGUUAGGUGAGGGGUAAGGUUAGGUGAGGGGUAAGGUUAGGGUAAGGGUUAAGGUUAGGGUAAGGGUUUAGGGUAGGGACGUCCCAAGGAUCUCAGAUAGCAAUAACACACCUUUAGUACCACAGGAGGUUCGUGGCACUUUAAUUGGGGAGGACGGGCUCGUUGUAAUGGCUGGAGCGGAAUCUUAUCAAAUAUAAGCCAUUCCAUUCGCUCCGUUCCGGACAUUAUUAUGAGCCGUCCUCCCCUGUGUUUAGUACCCUAGAGAGAUACUAUACAAAGUAACUUUAUUAAAGAAUGACGAGGUGCCCUGCCAGGGUUGGAAAGGGUUAGUGCCUUGAUAAACUCCCUCAGCUUCUCUACUCAGUCUGAAAUAGUAACCGUGAAGACAGUAGUCAAACCCUUCAAGACAUGUCCUCAGAACAGCGUAAAGACCUCGUUCUGCCCUGUUUUUCACCCAUCCAUAGAGAUGGCAUUGAGGGCUAUCUCCAUUUUAAAGUAGUCCAUUUAGUAGCCAAUUAAACAGCUAUAUAUAUAUAUAUAUCCUACGCCCCUAUAUAUUGGCCCUGUGCUAAACAACCCCUAUAGAACAUGUCCUGAACAUAUCCCAUGCCCCUAUAUAUUGAAGCGCCCCCCCCCCCUAAACAGCGCCCCCCUGUGGCCUGUCUCCAGCAGGUGCUGUGCGAGGUCGUGGCCGCGCGACGGCAGCUAGCCGUGCCCCUGGCCCCCGGGGGUCGUACCUGGGGGGUUACUCUGCUGGGCGGGGUAUCUACAGCCGGUACCAUGAAGGAAAGGCCAAGGGCCCCGACAACAAGGCCUACGAGCUGGUCCCCUCCAUGGAGCUGAAUGCCUCAGUCAACCCUCUGGGCAUCAAGCCUUGCACAAGUCAGUCACACACAGAUACGCCCCCCCCCGCCCCCCCGUCCCCCCCCCCCCCCCGUCGUCCCCCUAAACUGUCCCCCUGUACCGCCGGCUGCUUUCUUCUGUUUUCUGCUUCCUGUCUCCGGCCUGGCUCCAGUCAGUCAGUGGAAGAUAGAGUUCUCGGACCUUUACACUGACUCCCUACUGCCGUCUUUCCACCACUCAGCUCCAGUUCCCAGAGGACAGCAGGCAGCUGGGAUAUAGGGAAAAACAAGGAUGAAUUGAUGGGAAAUAGAUGUCUCUGUAAAUGCUUUACGACUAAGAGACACUACUGCCCCCUCCUGGACUGGAGUUGAGCUGCAAGCCAUCCUUCUCAGAGAGGCUGUCUGUCUUUCUCUCUCUAUUUCCAUCCAUCUCUCUUUCUGUUUGCUCUCUAUCUGAUCCCUUCUUCAGAUCAGGAGGAAAAAAAAAACAUCUCAUGACGAUGAUGAUGAUGAUGAUGGUGAUGAUGAUGAUCAUGGUGAUGAUGUUUUCUUUACUGUAAAUUCCUCAACCCUUCAGAUCAGGGGUUCAGAGUCACAAUCUCUGACCCCCUGACCUCUUCUGAUUAACGUCACUCAUUGGUUGAUUAGGGUUCCGUUAGGUGCAUCUCCGUAUGGAACGAUAAUCUGAUUCUAAUCUGGACGUGAUUGCUCAAUCCCCAAUCCCCUUCUCAGUCUCUGGAAUAACUGGAUCAGAGAAACUCAAUGGACUUUUGUCCAUCUGAAACAAUGAGUGACCUUGUGUUGGCGUGUGUGUUAGCGUGUGUGUGUGUUAGCGUGUGUGUGUGUGUGUGUGUGUGUGUUAGCGUGUGUGUGUGUGUGUGUGAAGGGGGUUUAAUCCAGAACUAAGCACCAUCUUAAUCUGAAUCACACCCCAACCAACAGAGGCUGACACUAACUAGUGUAACUCCAUUCUCUCUCUCUCUUUCCCUGUUUCUUUCUCUUCAUACUGUAAAUAUAUAUAUAUAUAUAUAUAAUAUACUCUGUCCUGUUGACGCUGUCCCUCUGCUCUCAAUGUCUCAUAGUGGCAUUUCCCAAUCUGACUAUCAUUCUGGGGUUGUGUGUGUGUGUCUCUCUGUGUGUGUGUGUGUGGUGUGUGUCUGUGUGUCUGUGUGUCUGUGUGUGUGUGUGUCUGUGUGUGGUGGUGUGUGUGUGUGUGUGUGUGUCUGUGUCUGUGUGUGUUUGUGUGUGUGUGGUGUGUGUGUGGUGUGUGUGUGUCCUGUGUCUGUGUGUGUGUGUGUGUGUGUGUGUGUGUGUGUCUGUGUGUGUCUGUGUGUCUGUCUGUGUGUGUCCUGUGGUGUGUGGUGUGUGUGUGUGUGUGUGCUUGGUGUCUGUAGUAGUGUGUGUGUGGAUGUGCGAUGUGUGGCUGAUGGAGUGCUGUGUGUGUGUGUGUGUGUGUGUGCAGUGGGCAUGCAGGCUCUAUCAGGCCAGUACCCAGUGUUCUCCUCAGCCCAGGGAGCCAAGCUGAUGGAGGAAGGGAAGAUGCACCAUGCUGUGGAACACCUCAUGAACCCCUUGGCCCUGCAGCACGACCACACAGGCCAGAACGCACAGGCUGUUUACCUGCUGUCUCACACCGCACCCUUCCAGGUACACACACACACCAACACACACAGGCCAGAAACGCACAGGCUGUUCUACCUGCUGUCUCCACACCGCCACCCUUCCAGGUACACACACACACACACACACACACACAGACACACACACACACACACACACCACACACAGGCCAGAACGCACAGGCUGUUCUACCUGCUGUCUCCACACCACCACCCUUCCAGGUACACACACACACACACACACACACACACACAGGCCAAACCACACCACACGCUCCACACCACACCCCCAGACACACACACACACACACACACACAGACACACACACAACACACACACAGGCCAGACGACAGGCGUCUACCGGUCACACACCACCACCACCAGGUACACACACACAACACACACACAGCACAGAACCACAGACAGAUCACACUGCGACUCACACACCGCCACCACUCCAGGACACACACACCACAACACAACACACACACACCACACACACACACACACACAGACACAGACACAGACACAACACAGACACAGACACACACACACACACACACACACCACAACACAGACACAGACCACAGACACACCACAACAGACACACACAGACACACACACACAGACACACGACACCACACACACACACAGAACACAACACCACAACACGACAAACAAGACACACACACACAUACACACAACACACAACACAACACACACCAACCACACAACACACACACACACACACCCGACACACACAGGACACACACCGGACACAACCAGACACCCACACAGACCCACACACCAGACAAACAUGAAAUUUCAUGUCCAUAUGAAACGUUGAAUACAGCAUCCACUAAUCUCCCUCCCCUCCCCCCUCUCUCCCCCCUCCUCUCUAUCCCCCCUCUCUCUCUCUCUCUCCCUCCCCUCUCUGCUCCCUCUCCCCCUCCUCCCUCAGGGUCGUCCCAUCACACCAGUGUAUACCAUGACCCACAACAUGCAGCGUAUCCCCACGGCCAGUGGUCUGUACGGAGCAGGCUACAUGCCCAUCACAAACUACAACACUGCUGCCCUGGCAGCCCUGCAGAAGAACGCAGCCGUGGCGGCGGCGGCUGCCUACGGAGGCUAUGCCUACACCAUGCCCCAGGCCUUCCCCGCCGCCGCCUUCCAGGUGCCCAUCCACGACGUCUAUCAGACCUACUGACAACCAGAUGUCUGGUCCACAACGCCUGUUCAACCACCACUCAACGUUCAAACCACUUCUGCAUGGUGAUGUCAAGCAGAACUACAGACGAUCUACAGAAGAGCCCCUCCUCAUUUCCACCUCUCACCUCCCUCCCCAUUCAACUCAAUGUUUAAACGGCAACAUCUAUGCAACGUCCAUAAUGUCGGGGUAAACUAAUUGACCCCUACGCAAACUCUACUCAACGUCGGUUCAACAUAGCCCAACGUCUAGGCUACGUUAUGACGUGUGCCAAACCUUCAACGUUUAAACAACGUCUAUGCAAGACCUACUGGCUUCUUCCCCAGGUAUAUAUUGGUCCUAAUGAAUACUGGACCAGACUUUCCCAACAU